GACCCCUCUGGUGAGGUACUCCCUGUCAGGAAUGCAUUCACCACUGGUGGUGGGACUCACCUGCCGUGUGGGCUGCAGUACCAGGGCUGGCCAGCGGGUGCUCUCAGCAACCAGAAGCUCACUCCUGCAAUCAGCCAUCACCUGAGGCUGAUUGCAGGAGGUGUAUUUAAGGAAUGGCCAGACCUGCAGUCAGUGCCUUGGUGUAUUGCCCCUGUACCUGGUAUCCUGUGUUGCUGUUCCUCUGCCUAUCUUCUGUUGCCGACCUCUGCAUUGUUGCUGACCAUCUCCUGUUUAACCCUGGCUUGCCAGACCAUCCUUCUGCCUGACCCUCUGUACCGUGCUGCCCUGAGUUACUGAACCCG